AUGUCCGGUUUAUGGGAGUUUCUGAAGAGGCAUCGAGGCAAAAUUAUUGGUGGUUUGGUUGUAGCAGGUGGCGCAUAUGUGGUACAACAAACUUUGUCCAAUUCGGGACAGUUGUUCAGUAUGGACUGGAAUCGUGAGCAGAACUUGGAUCGAAUUCAGUUGCAGGCUAGACGAGAAUACAUCUACGAUACGCAGCAUCGUAGUUGCGAUACGAUCAUCCUGGAACUGCUGCCUGACCUGGCGAAACGAAUUUCGCAGCAUUUUGACGUGGAAACGUUAAUUGAGGCCAUAAAAAACAAUAAGGAACUGGACAAGGACCAGCGAUUAGCUCUGUGGGAGAAUGUUAAGGUAUUAUAUUUGCGUUAUUUCUACUUUGGCUAA